CUCCACAAAGCCAGUCCCAGAAUGGCGUGGUUUGCGACAACGUUCGUCCUGCUUCACAACUUGUAGACCAAAAUUAACCGUAGUUGGGAGUCUUUGAUCGCCCUUUCACGCCCAAUUGUGUAUUUUUCAAUUAGAAUAGGGACUAAUUAACGGAAAACGAUCGGUUCGCGAAUCCGAAAAAAUAGGAAAAGUGUGCAAACAGUGACAAUACCCCAUCGAUUUCUAACUAUCUGGUGAACGACAAAGGAGUUCUUGUUGCGGUCAAAUUAUGAGCGGUGCUGUGAAAUUCUGCUAUGGUAGCUGUAUGUGUGGAUAACUAUGACCACGGUUGCAUCGCCAAAUAAGAUAGAGUACGUCCAAAAUUCUACACAGGAAACACAACCAACUCCAUCACCUCUCGCCCUCCUAGCUGCUACCUGCAGCAAAAUUGGUCCAUCAUCCCAAGAAGUCCAGCCAACCGUUAUAAUGACAAGCACACCGACCCCAGUCAAGAGCGUCUCCGUGGCAAGUCCUCAAGUGGUGAGCGUGCCUGUUAGCAUACCCCAGCAGUUCUCUCAGCAUCUCCUCCAGCAACAAGGAGCUCAAAUUGUCACUGCUGGUGGUCAGAACAUAGCCUAUAAUGUCAUGCCGCAGAUGCAGACCGUUACUGUGGACGGACAAGAGGCCCUUUUUAUUCCCACGAUGUCCCUUGCAGGACAACAACAUCAGCAGAUUUUCAGUCCAGGUCAAAUUAUCAGAGGGCCGGGAGUGCUUCCCAACCUCCAAAAUUUACAGACAGUUCAGCUGUCAAACGGACAGAGCGUAGCGGUUCGACCUUCACUUCAACAAGUGGUGCAGUUUCCGAUGCAACAAACAAUACCGAUACAGGUGCCCAUCUCCUCGCAAAACGGUCAGACCAUUUACCAGACCAUCCAUUUCCCCGUACAACUCACCACGGCCGCUACCCUACCGAACAUCAUACAAGCCCAGCAGAUUGUUCCACAAGUUGCCAACAUAAUAACACCCAACGGGCAGCUACAGCAAGUUCAAAUAGCAACUUCAGUACAACAACAGACUCCUACUUCCAAUGGAACUGUCCAAUCAGAUGCAACUGCUCAACCAAUGACUUUCACUGGGACCAAUGGACAACAAUUUACUGUGAUACCUACUUCUAACCUUCAAACAAUGGGUAGAACCAACUUAGGAAAUAUCAUACAAGUCCCCAACAUUCAAACAAUACCUACAGUUCAAAACAUACCUGGCUUAGGAAACGUACAAGUCAUUACCCAAGCACCUCAAAUUUCUGUGGGCCAACAUAUUCAGCAAGAUCCGAACGAUCCUAGCAAGUGGCAGGUGAUUUCAAAUGUUCCAGCAAAUACACAACAAGCAACACAACCUACAAAUAUAGGUUCAGGAGUUGUUGUUACGACAGCACCACAAGAAACGGAGAAUAGUCCAAACCAAAACUCUGAAAAUGGCGAUAAUAUGCAGAAACAGAGAGUGCGUAGAGUUGCAUGCACCUGCCCUAAUUGUCAGGAAGGGGAAAGACACUCAGAUAGGAAAAAACAACAUAUUUGUCACAUACCUGGAUGCAACAAGGUUUAUGGCAAGACGUCACACUUAAGGGCUCAUUUGAGGUGGCAUACAGGCGAAAGACCUUUUGUUUGUAAUUGGUUAUACUGUGGAAAGCGAUUUACAAGAUCCGAUGAAUUGCAAAGGCAUAGACGGACACAUACUGGAGAAAAAAGAUUUCAGUGUGUGGAGUGCAAUAAGAAGUUCAUGAGGUCAGAUCAUCUUUCAAAGCAUUUGAAAACGCACCAGAAACAGAGGAUAACUCAAAAUGGAGAGCUUAGAGACACCCCUGCUGAAGAUACAGAGGAGGAAGAAUGGUCUAAGCAAGAAAUCGAUGAUCCUCAGAAACCCAUUUGGAUAACAGAUGACAAAAGCAAUGUGAAAUAUGCUGUGACUAGAGUACCAUUUGAACAACAGGAAGCUGCUACAUCUACACAAUCAAUAUCCUCAGACAGCUCUAGUAACGAGGAAAAAAUGAUGAUUACUUUGAGUUCUGAACCAGAUGAAUUAAUUAUUGCAGAUCCUUUAGAUAGCUGAGCAACUAUUUACAUGGUUAAAUCACCUGUUUUGUUAGACUAAAACGAUUUUUCAAGCUUACAAGGACUGACCCAUCAUUCAGAGUGAAAUCUCUCGAAUAACAUAAUUAGGAACGAUAAAACAUUGGCCAUACUCUGUAAAUAACUAUUGGGGAAUGUUUUUGCCAGAAGUUGUUUUAUUUCUUAUAUAAAUUAAUUUGAUGUUAACAUCAGUUUUAAAUUUUUUUAUUACUAGUUGAAAUUUGUUUGGAUAUGGAUGCCAAGGUGUAAAUAAGAUAUAUUGUGACACAAAUUUCUGUGAUUCUUGCAUUCACUUAAACAUAUUUAAAAUAAUGUUCAUUUUAUUUGAAAUGAGGUGAUAUAUUUGUAUAUUGUAAAAAGAAUAGAAGUUAUAUAUAUUUUUUAA